AUGAACGUCGUUGUUAAUGAACCGGCGUGGACUACUGUCCAGAGGGACUCUGGUAUUGUAUAUACUAGACCUCUUCUGGGUUCCGAGUUAAUGAAUGACCAGUUUGGUCGUUUUUACGAUGGGCUGGCCGAAUGUUGUAUGGGAUUCACAUUCGAAACUCCACUCUCUCUGCAAGAGUUGCAUACAGCGUUCCUUUGUCCUAAUAUCGCAGCAUCUCUAGAAGCAGGCAUUUACGAUCCUGAGCUACGGUCCUGGGUCUACCGUCCGGCCAAAGAUGCUCAAGCUGUCAUGGAAUGGGUGGAACGCUCAGUCGAAAUACUCGAUGAACCAAUGGACACCGACGAUUUCAUUGCCAUGGUCAAUCAGCGCAAGCUAGAGACUCCAGGCAAGGAAGAUAUCAUGAAGUGCAUAAUGUUCCGUCUAGAAGAUCGACCUAGCUCCUACGGAUUGUUCAUGCACGGCAGUCAUACUAUUAUGGAUGCCCGGCCCACUUUCAACGCGUUCAAGAUACUUUUUGAAGCCAUGGUAUCUGAUAGCUCUAGUAAUAUUAUGUCGGCUGCCUGGGGCACGGAGUGGGCCAACCUUCCGCCAGGACCUGUUACGUCGACAGGUGGACCGCGUCUGAAUGUUGACGCUGCAGGAUUCGAGCUACUUGGAAAGAUCAAGGAAGCUCACGAACACAGACCGGUUUCCCACUCCCUUGUCGCCCAGCGUACGGAGAUGGCACGAUCGGGACUCUCCAUCCGUGUUCACAAUACGAUAAAGCCUGAAUUGGCUCGCGAUUUACUGAAGGAGGUCAAGGCGCUGGGAUGCACCGUUACUCAUCUUUUCGGAGCCGCCCAAAUACUUGCCAUCUUUGUCUUGAACCCAGUCACGGACGAAGAAGCACCGCAAGCGAAUAUAUCCUUCCCUAUUAGCAUCAUCUCUUUGCAAUCUUGGCUAACUCCUGAGAUGCAGGCGAAAGAUAGAUUCAUCUCACAAAUGACUCUCGUCCCCCUUCGCAUCGAUUAUUCUUCAUUUUCCUCCCUGUCACCGGGCAGAGAACAGCUUAGCUUUAUCAUGCGGUCGCUCAAAGAUCAAUGGAACUUUUUCCUGACCAAUCCGCAUCUUCCGCAUCUUUCGGCCGCCCUGAUGACUUUGAGCCCUCCGCGAAAGCCAGGAAUUACUCAUAACCCAUUGGCAACGACUAAUACUAAUCUUGGCGUCGUGGAUGCUGUCACACCAACUACUUUAUAUCCUAAUGGUGAUUCGAAGCAAGCGGCGCUAAUCAAGAUGCAUGACAUGGCUUUUGGCCAUCGGUUAACAAUGCCCAAUCCGCUUACCCAUGCGUGGACUAUGAAGUCGGAGAUAGUAAUCCAAGUGGAGGCCAAUGAUAUUUGGGAUCGAGAAUAUUUACAGAAAUAUGUCGACGAGAUUCGCCGACAGGCUCUUACUUUACUGCCGUAG